GCGUGGAGUGAAUCGAGUGGGCGGUGUUUGAAUAUGCUGAUGACGCGGCUGUACGGCUAGUUUGUCGCGGGGGAAUUCAGCGAGGAAUCGUUCCCAGCAAGGUACCCGUCGUCACGCGCGCACGCGACGGCGGAGCUUGCGGAGACGUGAUUCGAACAUUAUCUGCAAUGAAUCGUGAAUUGCAAAUGAACGUGAGGCCGUGUGUGGAUAAGGUGUUCAAAUAGACCAAAAACAUGAUGGUGCAGAGAUAUAGGAGAUGGUGAGAGUUUGCACAGGCAUGUGGGCCUAUGUCAUCAGAGUGAUCUGUCAUUUUGGUUCGUAUCAAGAUCAGUUUAAUGUGGUGAUCGGGGCAACGGAUAACAACUUGCGCCGUAUCUUGGAAUUGCGAGACCGGCGACUUUGCCGUUGGCAGCUACGACUGGAGUGCGGGAUAGUAACGCGCUCGUAAAACCCUUGCUAUCCGAGGUGGGCUUACGAUCUCAUCUUCGCUGUGGCACUAAGGCGAUUACCUCCCGACAAUAUCUGCACACGUAUUUCCAAAGACAGACAGCUGGAAAUAAUGCCCGGUGUCAUCCACGCUUUGAAUCGGGUCGGAUGUAAGUCACGAGAGGGAGAAACGGUAUAAAAAUCGCGAUGAGUCUUCUACCUGUGACUGCAAACUCAUCCACGAUAACUAUUGGGACAAGCUUGUCGCCUUCGACUGUACCAAGCGGCAUAGAUUUCAAGAAUGUUCUGCUGAUUGUGUCUGCGGUGAUAUUGGUGUUGUCAGUCAUCAGCGGCGUCAUCGGCAAUUGUCUGGUGUGUUUAAGUGUGUACAGGAACCGAAACCUCCGGAAUGCUAACAACGCCCUUCUGGUCAACUUAGCUGUGGGAGACUUGGUCGUAUGCUUCACCAGUAUACCGAUCAUGUUGGCCGAGGUGAUCAACAAUUACGGUGACUGCAAUCCUUACGGUGACAUCAUUUGCCACCUGCAGACCUUUUGCCACGUUAGCAGCUCCUCCGUGCAGCUUGUCACGUUGGUCGCUAUCAGCGUUGAGAGGUACGAGGCUAUCGUUCAUCCCUUCGAGACCAAGAAAAAGCGCCGUCGGGUAAUAGUCGGUACUUCGAUCUCCUGGAUUAUGGCGAUCGUCAUCGCUGUUCCCGCUUCCAUCUUUCUCAAUGAAUCCUCUUUAUUCCUGCUUUGUACCUGUCGACUCACUGAACCGCCAUUUGACUACGUCCACACUGUGAUCAUAGCCCCUCUUGGCAUUGGGUGCUUGGUGUGUGUCAUGGUCUUUUACUUGAGGAUAUUCCGAACGGUACGUAAACAUGUCAAGAAAAAACGCAAGUCAACUGUAAAUGAUACCAGUACGUCAACUAGGACAAAGAAAGAAUGGUGUAAUUCGCUCCGAUCGCGUUGCUGCUGUUGUUGCCGGGCUAAUGCAGUGGGUGCAAUGCCCGAAGCACAUGGACAAUUUGCAGCAGCCAUUGGGCCAAGAUCCGUAGCUCAAGAUGUGACCAACAAACCGUCCGUGAGUGGGGCACAAAGCAUACAAACUAACAAGGAAAACGAAGACAGCAACCGAGGCAAUCCCGCAACCAUCCGGUCUCCUCUCUCGGGAUCGCGAGGGCUUCGCACUACCAGUAAAUGUGCGGACCUCGGGGAGCAAGCAGGGCGAAGCAUAUCGCCUGAUACCGGUGUUGGAUCAUUCGUGGCACCUCCGGAGAUCACCGACAAGGAGCAGAAUAGGGGUUUGCCUCCCGUCGAUCCAGUGGAGGAACUGGCAGGUAACACAGCGCAACCCAAGGGGUUGAUAAUUGCCAUCACACCAGCUGUACCUUCAGGCCUUAGCCCGUCUGCCGAGGACAAUCCAUCCGCACCUGCCAUGAUCAGCCGGCGGGUUUCCCUGCAGGUGAAUGAGGCAAGUAGACGUAGCAAACCGGACGACAUUCAGGGUUCCGUGUGCGUCCUAAACCCUGAGAUGCGCGUUCGGGGACGCAGGAACCUAGAGGCCAAGACGGCCAAACGGGCCUCGUAUAUCAUUAGCGUCUUCAGCCUGUGCUGGCUACCGCUCUUCGUCAUGUCUUACAUUGACUCCAGGACCGAGGUGGACAUCCUUGCGACCUGCAUCGCUACCAUGAGCGCGGCUCUCAAUCCCAUUGUGUAUACGGUAGUCAACAAGUCUUUCCGGAAGGAAUUUGUCAAGAUAUUCCGCAGACUAACUCGGUGCUGCCCUAGCCGAUGCACAUGGCUCCAUAAACCAUAAUUGCUGAUUCCUUCUCAGAACAGAUUAACAAAUAUAUAUAUAUAUACUUACCCUGGUGCUGUGCAGCUGUUGAUACUUCGAUUUGUCACACUACAUGAGCGAAGAUGCUUUUCUCUCUUUUGUAUGAUUAUUUGUUUCGUACUUGGUUUGAGAUGAGAAAGUCAUAAAAGGUGCAGUUGUUUUUUAUAAUCUUCAACAACAGAACUAAUUAAAAGUGCGUAGGCACAUUUU